AUGGUUUGGGCCGGAUGCAACAAAUACUAUGCCGCACUCCCGGACACCAAUUUGUGCGUGUCGCACACCACCGAUCAGCCAAUUGUUAUGGUGUGUAGUGGUGUGAUAGCUCAACUAGUGGUGUUCGGGUUCGCCUCACAAAUACUACCUUUCGGCAAUCAAACAAUGCCUAAACGAAAGUCUACUAUAGGACGUAGUACGGCAAAUGCUAAAAGAGUACGCUUAGUACGUAGCAAUGAAAAUUCUGUUGAACGAAACAAUAGACUUUUACAAAAUCGUGAAAGAAAUAAAAAUUUAAGAAAUGUUAAUGCAUGGUUUAAUAAAGAAUACUCUGCAAUGAAUUACGAUUUUACUAUUGAUUACAAAAAUGAUCCGAUGGUUACAUUAGGUGCAAUGUCUAUUGUUUGUCAAUAUUGUUUAGCUCUAAAAUGGAAAGAUGAAUCUAAAGGAAUGUGUUGUUCAAAUGGUAAAAUUAAAUUAGUAGAGAUUUGUCCUCCUCCUGAACCAUUGAAUUCUCUCCUUACAGGUGAUCAUCCUAAACAUGGAGAAUUCAAGCGUAACAUACGUCGCUAUAAUAAUGCUUUUCAAAUGAAAUCAUUUAAAAGUCGUAAAAUAGUUGAAGGUAAAUUUAUGCCAACUUUUAAAGUACAAGGCCAGGUAUAUCAUUUGGCUGGCAGUCUACUACCGAAUAGAUCUGACGAAUACAAAUUUUUGCAAAUAUACUUCAUUGCCGAUCCUGAAACUCAAGUGACAACUCGAUGUAACAUAGAUUCUAGGAAACUGUUAGAUAGCUCUUUGAUCAGGUCAUUACAAGAUAUGUUGCACUCACAUAAUAUAUACAUACAAUCUUUUAAAACAGCCAUUGAAAGUGUCCUUCCAAAUGUUCCCGAUUACAAUAUAGUCAUACACGCUAGCAGGGUACCAACAGGUGAACAUCGAGGACGUUAUAAUGCGCCAUCAACAAGCGAGGUAGCCGUAGUGAUAUCUGGCCAACAAUUUCAUAAACGAGAUAUUGUACUGUGUAACCGAGACGAUAAUCUUAAAAAAAUAUCUGAAAUUCACAGGUCUUAUGACAGCCUGCAAUAUCCACUAAUGUUAUGUCGUGGUGAAGAUGGAUAUUCUAUCGAUAUUCAUCAAAUUGACCCUCAUACUGGAGUUCCAUUACAAAAAAUCGUUUCGUGUAUGAAUUAUUACUGUUAUCGCAUUAUGGAAAGACAAAACAAUUGCAAUAUGUUACUCAGAUAUGGUAUGUUGUUAAACCAAUAUUUAGUCGAUCAAUAUUCUAAAAUAGAAUCAGAACGUUUAGCGUACAUACGAAACAAUCAGACAACAUUACGAGCUGAAAAUUAUAUACAUUUGCAAGAUGCCUUGAACUCAAAUGAGCCGAGUAUCGAAAUUGGACAAUUAGUAAUUCUACCAUCAUCAUUUACUGGUGGACCACGAUAUCUUCACGAAAAGACACAAGACGCAAUGACCUAUGUAAAAAAUUAUGGCAAACCUGACCUAUUUAUCACUGUAACAUGUAAUCCAAACUGGGAAGAGAUUAAAACUGAUCUUCAUCCUAACGCACAGCCGCAAGACAGAUAUGACAUAGUCAAUAGGGUGUUUCAUUUGAAAAUACAAAAACUAUUGAUUCUCAUUAAUAAAGCUAAUAUAUUUGGUGAACCACGUUGUUUUAUGUAUACGGUCGAGUGGCAGAAACGUGGCUUACCACACAUUCAUCUUCUAUUAUGGCUUAAAAAUAAAAUAACACCAGACCAAAUUGACAAUGUGAUUUCAGCAGAGUUGCCAAACAAAGAAGAUGAUCCAUUAUUGUUCAACUCUGUAGUCAGACACAUGAUUCAUGGACCAUGUGGAGUUUUAAAUACAAACUCUCCGUGUAUGACGGAGGGAAGGUGCUCAAAAAAAUUUCCAAAAUUAUUUCAGAGUCACACAUCAACUGGCGAUGAUGGUUACCCCAAAUAUCGGAGACUAUCACCUGAAGAAGGCGGACAAAUUGCUAUAAUUCGAAAUAAUGAUAUUGAUAACAGGUGGGUAGUCCCUUACAACCCACUGUUGCUUAAAAUAUUUGACGCACACAUAAACGUGGAACAGUGUAGCUCUGUAAAAUCAAUAAAAUAUAUUACCAAAUAUAUAAACAAAGGUAGUGAUCAAGAUACAUUUAGUUUAUACUAUCGAAAUGAAGUGGAACAAUUUCAAUCUGAUCGAUACAUAUGUAGUUCUGAAGCGGUUUGA